AUGACUUAACUUAGUCUUAACCUAUUUGGGGAGCUUUGUUUCAGAAAACUACAUUUCCCUUUAGUCAUACAUGAAACACGUCACACCGGAAGCUGAAGGACGUUUCACUGGUUAAAGCUGGUUAAAGCAACACUCUAAAGAGCGCUGAUGAUGGCUGUUGACUGGGUUGGAUAUGGAUAUGCAGCCCUCGUUGCCUCUGGAGGAGUCAUGGGUUAUGUCAAAGCAGGCAGUGUCCCUUCUUUGGCAGCUGGACUGUUAUUUGGAGGUCUAGCAGGUUUUGGUGCCUACAAUAUGUCACAAAACUCUGAAAACAUUUGGGUGUCUUUAGCUACAUCAGGAACCUUGGCUGCUCUCAUGGGGAAAAGAUUUUACAACUCUCGGAAGAUAAUGCCUGCGGGUAUAGUGGCUGGAGCAAGUAUUCUGAUGCUGGCAAAGCUUGGUGUUGGAGUCCUGCAGAAGCCUCAAGAUUCAUAAAAGUCACUGAUAAAAAGAAAUCAUAUUUUUGUUUGAUUCUAUUUUAUUGUUAUAUAGAAGAAUUCAGCAUUAUUACAAGUAUAGUUUUCUCUAACGUGUUUAAUAAAUGAUAAAAAAAUUAAACAAUUUCUUUAUUCUGCA